AAAGAGUUAUGUCCCCUGUUAUCAACAACUUAAAGCGAACUUAAAGCGUGUUGGCAGCUGGUGUUUACUGUAUUUAGUUUUUGCCCAGUUAUUUCAAAUUUCACAAAAUGGUAAGUUAAAUAACCGUAAGAAUAUUCCAGAUAGUCUACCUUAUAUUCAUUAUCAAUUUAUUGCACCAUAAAUCGCUCUUGAGUCGUAAAAUUAAACUAAUACCGAAGUUAGUUGUUAGUGUGAAUUAAUUAACGAUACUAUGACUAUGAUUAGAUACUUUGGUCAAAAAUGUAAACAUUUUUUAAAAAUAAACCAAUGGCACAGUUGAAUAGAGCUAAUUUUAAACUGAAUUAUAACACCAACAUCAUAUUUUUAGCUGUUGUAGUUUUAAAGUUAUGAAUUUUUAAAGUACGACUUGGUUUGUCAUUUUUUAACAUGGACUGCAUCUCCACAUUCUGUGACCUCAUUCCACUGAUCGCAUCAUGCGCAAUGACUAUAUAGUUUAUAUAAGGCAACGCAUUCCCCAUCACUAAAAUACUGUUUAGGGUCGACUUAUUUUAAACUUUCAACUUUGGCACAUGAAUAAUUAAUAAAAGCUUUCCCUGACCAAUGGUUUAAUAGCUUUUGCACACGGCAAACUCUUAUGAAUGAAACUCUGAGAUAGUACUACGACGUAGCCGUUAUGCAAGUGGCUGUGAAUGGUUGCCAAUGACAACGUGUUGCACAGGGAAAAUUCUGAUCAUUUAUAUUAUGGACUCUGCAGGGUUUUUAAAGCUCAAAUUAAAACAUUUCCAGUUUAAAUGUCUUCAAAAUGCAUUCUGAAACACAAAAUAUAAAAUAUUUUGAUGUAUAUAGUGGUAAUAAUUAAAUAUUUCCUAAGUAUCGGCAACUUCCGCCAUUAAAAAGGGGGCGUGGCCCACGCCAUGUCGAAAUUAGGCUGAGCCACCUUAUGGUGAUAUGGGUCACUGUGACAAGUGUAACAAACGUGAGACACGACCUACAUCAAUGAAACUUGGCACAGAUAUAGAUCAAUAUCUAAUGCUCAUACAGAUUUAAUAAAAAAGGACCUUAUCUUAUUAUUUCACAAAAAAUUUUGUAUGCGAAGAUGCCUUAUAUAUACCAAAGAUUUUCAAAAUAAAGGUCGAUUGAAAAAAGCAAAAUAGCUGGCUAGAAAUGUAGGCCAAGAUGUCUUCCAAAUUAUAAGGCCGGAAACGGAACUCAAAUAUAUGUGGAAAGAACUAAUUUAAUAAUAAAUAUACACACACAUCGGAAAAUUAAAAACUCGGAUUUUUCUGCGCCGACGCCCAUUUCCGAUACAAAAAAAAAUAUUAGUCUUCCUUGUUUCAUCGAAGUAUCUACUAUGAUUAUGAUACAAUAAAAUAAAUAAAUUUAGAAAGUGAAGUGUCAGUUUUGUCUUAAUUCAAGACUCGCAAGCAAUGGAAAUUAUACGUAUUCGAAUGCUUCAGUUCAGUUAAAUUUAAAGUUAAUUUUAGUGUGAAAUUUUAUUACUAUUAUCCCCUCCUGGUGUACCUCCCACCUCGAUUUGCCAGUAGACAUAGAAUAAAUGAGACUUUUCUGAACUUUUCAAUACCCACCCCUAAAAAUCUACUUGUUUCCAAAUACUUUGGGAGCCAUAUAAAUUGUAGGGCGAAACGCGCCCAAGGCCAAUGACAAUGCUAAUGCCAUGCAUAUAACAGGAUUGCGUAGUAUGCAAAGCAUAAUUUGCUGUGGGUAAAGCACAGUUUUUCUGUCCACACAUGUUAGGGAUGAAUCAUUGAAUGUAGCCUUAGCCGCAACAAAAAAUGCCAAUCAACAAAACUUAUUGCUGGGUGAAUAAUUGAGUGCAGCAACUUUAUUGUUAGCUAUCACUCAGAUGCAAGAAAUAAAAAUUUGAAGAGAGGAGAACAAAGCAGUUUUGUACCUGGGCAUCACAAUUACAGAUAUUUAUCACAUAUUUCAAUAGAUUUAUUUAUAAUCUAAGUCUAAUGACAACGGCAUGUUGUCUGCAAGAGGGUGAAUACCGGAAAUCUUGAUUUUUGUGCAAUACUCACCCACAUCUUGUCACUUUGUAAAUUAUAUAAUAAAAAGAGCUUCAUUUGUUCAUUCAUGGGUUGCUGACCACUGGUUUAACUGAACAUAAUUACUUCACACACUUGGAUUAAAUAAUUAAAUAUUAAUUAUUAAAAAAUUAUCUGAUUUAAUCAGCUAUUGUUCAUAAAACAGACAUCACAUAGAUUUCUUAGAUUGACGAUGUCAUUGUGGAUCUAAUUCUAUUAUUUUCACAAAGGGCAAAGACAAAAGAACCAAGAAAUUUGCCCAAGUUAAAAGGCUCCUAAGUUUGAAGGAUUCAAGGCUGUGAGUAUAGUAUUCCAUAUUCCUUAAAUAAUUUAACUCUUUGAGUAAAGUAUUCCAUAUUCAUUAAAUAAUUUAACCAUCAUUAUACUAACAUCUUGAGUGCAUCAUUAGUAAUAGGCUUUAAAAGAGGCUAAUAAAUAUUGAUGUAAUACUUGUUUUACACAAUAUUUUUUUUUUUUUAAUAGGAAACCUAAAGACCGUAUCAAGAAGAAAAGAAAAAAGACAAAUCCUGAAAAUAUAUCUCAAAGAGAACUGUAAGUAGAGCUACUAUAUGCAAUACUUUGUAAUAAGCUCUUUUGUUUACCAUGAUUUCGGGACGAAUUCUUUCCAUUAGGGCGAUGACUGAAAGAUAUAAAAAUUCUUUUGUUCCCCAAUCUGUACGAAUUUACUGCCGUGCUCCCUCUGAAGUCACACAUCUUAUGAGAACUAAUAAGUCCCAGAUUUAGCUAAGAGAACUCACUGAAUGGCUGUUUGAGAUAAUUUAUUAUAAAUGUCUUGUCUUCAAAUUGUUUUAUUUAUUGGCUGAAAAUGUAUAAUGCAAUAAAAAAACAUUUCCAUUUAUUUGGAUCAAUAAAAGAAUCUUAUCUCAUCUUAAGGUUUUGCAGUGCCGUAAAUUAACUUAAUUUGUUUGAUUACUUAAAACAGGCCACAGUCCUCAUCUGCUAUGUAUUUCAACUACAAUACUCAACUUGGACCACCUUUCCACAUCAUAUUGGACACCAACUUUAUUAACUUCUCUAUAAAGAACAAGCUAGAUAUUGUAACCAGCAUGAUGGAUUGUCUCUAUGCUAAGUGUAAGUUAUAUACUUGACAUUGUAACCAGCAUGAUGGAUUGUCUCUAUGCUAAGUGUAAGUUAUAUACUUGACAUAGUAACCAGCAUGAUGGAUUUUCUCUAUGCUAAGCUUGGAAAGACCCGAAAGAUACAAGAGGCAGCAUUUCUAAUACAGCCUUAAUAAAAAUCUUUUAGUCAGCUGUGUGCUAUAAUAAAGAAAAACAAUAAGCUGUUAAAAAUAGGGUGGGGGAUCUGUAUUGUGUCACCGUAGUAACCAUUGAGGUGGGGUGUUCUGUAUUGUAUCACCAUAGUAGUCAUUGAGCUGGGAGCUCUGUAUUUUGUCAACAUAGUAACCAUUGUGAUGGGGGUGUGUAUUGUGUAACCAUAAUAACUAUUGAGGUGGGGGGUACAUAUUGUUUCACCGUAGUAGCCAUUGAGUUUUAUUGGGUGGGGGGGGGGUCUAUAAUGUCUCACCGUAAUAACUUUUGAGGUUUGGGGGGGUCUUUAUUUUGUUAACGUAGAUCUAAAAGAAAAAAAAUGCAAACAAAAUUGUCAACUAGCUUUACAACUAAAAACUUUGUUUCACCGUAGUAGCCAUUGAGUUUUAUUGGGUGGGGGGGGGGUCUAUAAUGUCUCACCGUAAUAACUAUUGAGGUUUGGGGGGGUCUUUAUUGUGUUAACGUAGAUCUAAAAGAAAAAAACUGCAAACAAAAUUGUCAACUAGCUUUACAACUAAAACCGUGUGAUUAUUACAUUAUAAUGUUGAGCGCAUAGUUUUUGUUUGUAUAACUCAGACCUGCCACUCUGAGGUUUUUAAAAAUCUCCUCAGGACACCCCAACCCUCAUCCCGCCACACACACACUUUUUUUCUCAUUCAUUAGUCUGUGUGGCCAUAAUGGUGCUUUAGGUGUGAGCAGAUCUUCUUUAAGGCUAGAGCCAUCCUGACUCUUUUGAUCUCCAGUCUCCAUUAGUACUGUAGCUAGGUUUCUUCACUGUGGUGAUAUUUUCAUUAGCAGUUUUCUUCUGUAGCAUGUUAUAAUGAAUUGGUUUGCUAGACCACCAUGCCCUCCUCCAAUCCUGACAUGUCCACAAUUAUUCAUAUCAUGUGACUUUGACUUAUUCCAGGUAUUCCCUACAUCACAGACUGUGUCAUGGGGGAGCUAGAAAAACUUGGCAGGAAGUACAGGAUAGCACUAAAGUAAGAAUCAACUUAAUGUUAAGUCAUUUGAAGAAUUUUGCGCACAACAAAUAGAAAUUAAACAGCAACCUUUGGUUGAUCUUUUGUCAUUAUAAUUAUGUGUCUUAUGUGUAAUGAUUUCAAUCACGUUUAAGCAUUUCAUUGAAAGCACUUUGACAGAUGGAUGUCACAGACAUUUUAUAAUCAAGACUUAAAAAUUGAAACAAAAUAAUUUAGCCAUGCCAAGCAUCACAUACGUUUCCAAAUAAAUAUACAAGACUUGAACAGAUGUCCCUCAAUACGGCCUACAAAUAUCUGCAGUGAAGAGGGUUCACUUUGUCAACCCAAGCAAAAUUUUAGGGCUCCUGCCAAUAGUUGCAAUCCUCCCCCCCCCCCUUUUGCGUGCAGUUAUUAUUUAUUUCUGGGGGGGGGGGCCACACACCACAAUGCACUUCAUCAUUAUAGUAUAGUGGAGUGAGGCAAGACUGAGCUUGAGCACAAAUACUCUUGUCACCUCUACCACUCCCUAUCCCUUCAGUAUUCUCUCCAUGCAAAGGCUUUGUUAAAAAGGCUCUCAUUCCUGAACUGCUCUUCUUACCCACAAUGCUGCUUGACCAACAUUCCAAAUAAAUAAACUUCAUUUUGUAAGUUGCCUCUCUCAUGCCUCCAAGGGGUCGGGCUGACAGUCUCACGCCUCCAAGGGGUCGGGCUGGCUGACAUUAUCACGCCUCCAAGGGGUUGGACUGACAGCUUCACACCUCAAAGGGGUCGGACUGAGUCUCACGCCUCCAAGGGUUGGACUGACAGUCUCACGCCUCCAAGGGGUUGGACUGACAGUCUCACGCCUCCAAGGGGUUGGACUGACAGUCUCACGACUCCAAGGGGUUGGACUGACAGUCUCACGACUCCAAGGGGUUGGACUGCCAGACUCACGACUCCAAGGGGUCGGACUGACAAUCUCACGACUCCAAGGGAUCGGGCUGACAGUCUCACGUCUCAAAGGGGUCGGACUGAGUCUCACGUCUCCAAGGGGUUGGACUGACAAUCUCACGCCUCCAAGGGGUUGGACUGACCGUCAUUGUUAAGACAGCCUCUAAGUCACACGAAAUAAAGUUGAAUGAGGUGCAAAUAGGAAGCAAUGGCAGGGUCUCACGAAGCUAGACUACGUGUUUUAGACCCAAUAAUAUGCCAUAUUGGACUACACAUUUUAGACCCAAUCUACCAUGUUGGACUAGGAGUUUUAGGCCCAAUAUGUGAUAUGGGACUACAAGUUUUAGACCCAAUAAUAUGCCAUAUUAGACUACACAUUUUAGACCCGAUCUACCAUGCCACAUGAUUACAUGUAUUUGAUAAGUCAUUUGGAUUUGUUGGGAAAACAAAAACAUUAUAAUUUCUAAGCAGACCAGCACAAAAAAGUUUCACAUUAUUGUGUUAAACUUGAAUGACUCCAGUGUUGCCAUUUUUGCUUGUCCUCAUCAACCCUGUGUAAUAAUACUAGGUACCAUUAAUGAUAGAAUUAUUAACCACAUAUCCUUUUCUAACCUAGAAUUUUAAUUUAAUUACGCUAGAAAUAUGCGUGACCUUCAGCAUUAGACUUUAUUGUGUAAUAAUGGCUGGUCAUGUGUAAAUUAAGAAAUUGUAUUGCCUUUGUUUUUAUUCAAGGAUAGCAAAAGAUUCACGAUUUCAUCAUUUAACAUGUAUCCACAAAGGCACUUAUGCUGAUGACUGCAUUGUUAGAAGAGUAACUGAGGUCAGUAAUCAUAGCUAUUUUAUUUUUUUUUCAUUUUCUAGCUGCACACACACAAAUAAGAAAAUAAUAAGAAAAUUUAUUAUCUUAUUUUGUUCAAAGCUAAACUGUUUUCUUAUAUCAAAUAUGUAAAUUUGUGCUAUCUUUCUCUGUUUCAGAGCAAGUGCUAUAUUGUUGCCACCAAUGAUAAAGAUCUAAAGAAGAGAAUAAGAAAAAUCCCUGGCGUUCCUAUCAUGUACAUAACGCAGCACAGGUAUUUAAAACUUAGAUAGGUUUCUAUUAGUUAUUUUAUAGUUAGCUUCACUUUGGGAUGAGUUUCCAAUCGUAAUAGGCGCAAGAUUUAACAGGAAAGUAAUGUCUGUCUCUGUGGACUAAAAGAGGACUGGACUGCAAUAAAAUGAAGACAAAAUUUGUGUGAAAACAAGCCAGGUCGUUUAUUUGUAAGACAAAAUCAAGGCAGUUAACUGAGUUGUUAUUGUGAUAAAAUCCGUAUUGUUAAUAAUGACGUAAAACAAUUGCAAGUUUUUAGGGGUAUUGUGUAUGAUUAAUCAAUACCCCAUUAACAUUAUUUUGAUUCAAUUAUUAUAUUCCACAGAUAUUCCAUAGAGAGGCUUCCUGAUGCUUAUGGUGCUCCCAAGAUGUAAUGGUCUAUCUUCCCACAUACAUGUAUAUAUAUUCACUUUUUUAAUAUGAAAUGAUUUAAAACAAUUUAUUCAUCAAAUUUGUUACUUUAUGGCGUUCUUUGUUUGCAAGCUUGUGUUCU